AGCCAGCCAAAGCCGCCCGCACCGCACCCCGUCCAUCCAAACCGGUGUCCGCAGCUCUCGCCAGUCGCCAGUCACCAGUCACCACCGCCCCGCGCCGCGCUCCUCGCCGCCACGCCACGGAGAGGGGGGAUGGCGACGGCGAGCGGCGUCUCCGCCGGCCUCGUGCUGCAGCUCCCCUCCCUGCGGGUGCCGUCCAGUAGAUUGCUGCCACGGAGAGCAACCGCUGGAGCUCCGGCAGGUAAUUUAUUUGUGAAGAGAGAUGUUGUAUAUAACAGAAGAAGCUACCACCAUUUUUUACCAUCGAAGCAAAGAGGAGGCUUGCAAGCAGCAGUACUGCCUGUUGCUCCACCAAUAUUAGAUGAUGAGGAAAAAAGGAUUCAAAUGGCCGAAGAUUUUGGUUUCACACAAAUUGGAGAAGAACUACCAGAUAGCGUCACUCUUAAAGACGUCAUGGAUACUCUACCUAAAGAGGUAUUUGAAAUCAAUGAUGUAAAGGCUUGGACAUCAGUUUUAAUAUCAGUUACUUCUUACGCACUGGGUCUAUUUUUCAUUGCAAAAUCUCCAUGGUAUCUUCUUCCCUUGGCUUGGGCUUGGACUGGCACAGCAGUGACCGGGUUUUUUGUCAUAGGUCAUGAUUGCGCUCACAAAUCAUUUUCAAGGAAUAAGUUAGUGGAAGAUAUCGUUGGAACCUUAGCAUUCAUGCCAUUGAUAUAUCCUUAUGAACCGUGGAGAUUCAAGCAUGACCGACAUCAUGCCAAGACAAAUAUGUUGAUAGAAGAUACCGCGUGGCAACCUGUUUGGCAAAAGGAAAUUGAAUCAUCACCUUUUCUGAGGAAGGCUAUUAUUUUUGGCUAUGGCCCUAUCAGGCCAUGGAUGUCUAUUGCUCACUGGUUGAUUUGGCACUUUGAUCUAAAAAAAUUCAGACCAAAUGAAGUUCCAAGGGUUAAGAUAAGCUUAGCAUGUGUGUUUGCAUUCAUGGCGAUUGGAUGGCCUUUGAUCAUUCUCAAAUCAGGACUGGCUGGAUGGUUUAAGUUCUGGUUUAUGCCAUGGAUGGUUUAUCAUUUUUGGAUGAGCACUUUUACAAUGGUACAUCACACGGCUCCCCAUAUACCAUUCAAAUCCUCUGAAGAGUGGAAUGCUGCACAAGCUCAAUUAAAUGGCACAGUUCAUUGUAGCUACCCUCAAUGGAUAGAGAUCCUUUGCCAUGACAUAAAUGUGCAUGUCCCACACCAUAUUUCUCCAAGAAUCCCAAGUUAUAACCUCCGUGCUGCCUAUGACUCCAUCAAACAGAACUGGGGCAAGUAUGUCAAUGAAGCCAACUGGAAUUGGCGAUUGAUGAAGACGAUACUGACUAGAUGCCAUGUGUACGACAAGGAGAGAUACUAUGUCCCAUUCGACGAGCUCGCACCUGAGGAAUCCCAACCAAUCAAAUUCCUUCGGAAGUUCAUGCCAGAUUAUGCAUGAAGCCAUUACUACUGUUGACUAGAGUAUCAUUGGCCAGGCGAACAAUACAAUGACUUAGAAGACACUUCCUAACACCAUUGAUGCACACCCCCAAAUUUUGACCGAAUUACUAUGCCAAAUUGUGCUGCAGAAAAGGAAAAACAAUUGUUUCUGAAAGGUUGCUGAAAAAUAAUGCCAAUUUUUCUCGAUUUUACGUCUUGUUAGAGGAGUAUUUACACAGAUUUGCAAACAUGAAGCAUUUGUAUGGUUCUCUAAUACAUAUGUAUAUCAUGAUAUAGAUACGCUAGCGUGUUUCAACGAGAAGUUCCCAAAAGUCCGCAGG